GCAACCCGCUAAUAUACGAUACUAAUCGACGUCAUCUACGUAUAGCUUCUCACUUGGGUGAUCUUUUCUCUCAUCAUCUGCUCAACAAUGAACAUGUGCUCAGAAAUAAGCAAUUACAGAUGAAAUGGGGUGCACAGCUUAUGCUUUUCACAACUUCAUCCUGCACCCGAAGGAUGCUGGAGGGUUACAGUGCAGAUUGCCAUGCUGUGAGAGGCUCUAGCAACAUCAUCUGCCGUAUGAUGCAGCCCGGUUCUGAAUCUCUGACUCUUGACUCUUCGUAGAGUACCUCAGCACAUCUAUCUCAUUAUGCUAGUCAUAUGGCGUAGGGGGGAAGAGGAAGAGCUCG